GAACUUCCGCUUGACGCCAUUGUUUCGACGUGCAAUCAAGGUUUCCUGUCAACGCUUCGCCGAUGACUGGGAUUACAAUCAGAAUUAAGACACCGACUGAAGAAAAGACUAUAACCAUCGACGAGGAAGCGACCAUAAAACAGCUAAGAGAGAAUGUGUCUAAAGCGUUUGAUGCCCCGAUCGACCGCCUAUGUUUGAUAUUUGCUGGGAAGAUCCUCAAGGACGAGGACAGCCUGAUGCACCACAAAAUUAAAGACGGGUUAACAGUCCACCUGGUUAUCAAGGGUCAAAGUACGAGGUCUGCCGGCGCUAGUUCUACCCCUCGAGAACAGGCAAGCACUGAAGCAGUCGCCAACGCUCCUCGGCCUGCCGUACCUACUACAUCACCGCUUGGUUUAGGCGGUCUUCACCACGUGUUUAACACUGGGGGAAAUUCGUUUUCUAGCAUGCAACAGAGUGUACAAAAUGAAAUCCUACAAAACCCAGAACUCCUCCAGAAUAUGCUUGAAAAUCCAAUGGUUCAGUCACUCAUGAGCAAUCCCGAGGUUAUCCGCAGUCUGUUUCAAGCAAAUCCCCAAAUACAAGAGCUUAUGGAACGCAAUCCUGAGGUUUCACAUAUGCUAAAUAAUCCGGAGCUUCUCCGACAGUCGCUUGAAAUAGCUCGAAAUCCGGCGAUGAUGCAAGAAAUGGUGCGAAAUUAUGAUCGUGCUUUGUCUAAUUUGGAGGCUGUUCCCGGUGGCAUGAAUCACCUUCAACGUAUCUUUCGUGAUAUACAAGAACCACUCAUGAACGCAGCAGCCAAUAUGGGUGCACCUGCUAGUGAUCAAACUUCUUCAAAUCCUUUCGCUGACCUGGCUGGAGUCCGCCGUGCAGCACCCACGAACGAACCAAUGCCAAAUCCAUGGGCUCCUGCAUCCAACAACACAUCUGGCAAUCUACCUACCCCGACCCCGCCUGUCAGCGACCAGAACACUAACAUGAUGCAAAAUAUGCUCAAUCAGAUAUCAUCAGAGCCGGAACUUCUGUCCAAUGCUUUCCAAGUGCCGUAUGUACAGGCCAUGCUUGAAGCCAUAAGUGCCGAUCCUUCAGUGAUGGAGGGCUUGAUCAUGAACAACCCAAUGAUUGCGAAUGUGGACUCUAGUAUUAGAGACCGGAUGCGACAAAUGGUUCCCCAGUUGGCCAAUCAAUUGAGUCAGCCAGCGUUCAUGAAUAUGCUCCGCAAUCCGCGUGCUUUACGUGCGAUGAUGCAAAUACAACAAGGUUUAUCAAUCCUACAACAAGAGGCCCCUGGUGUACUGACUGGUUUGGGUAUGCAGUCAUCUCCAACGGAUCCGGUGUCUACAGCGGGGCCUGUUGAUCCGAGCACAACUGAUUCUCCAUCGGCUGCGUCAGGAACAACCACGGAUUCUGAAACCACUGCCGGUCCAAAUGCUGCUCCGCCUCCUGUGAAUCAGACGGAACUCGCCACCUUACUUGCCAGCAUGCUCAACGUAAUGUCUAGCACCAACUCUGGCGCUGGGGGCAUGCCCAACUUCGGAGACGUUCUCCGUUCCUCUCAGACAAACCCAGUAAAUGUGGACCCUCCUGAAAGGCGCUACGCCACGCAAUUAGAGACGCUCGCCAGCAUGGGAUUCAGCAACCGCGAUGACAAUUUGCAAGCUCUCAUUGCUACCUUCGGAGACGUGAAUGCUGCUUUGGAUCGGCUUCUUAGAUCAAAUCAAUCAAGUUAACUGGCUCGCUAUUUUUGGUUCUACCAGUCUCGUUGAUCCCACUCCAUCGGAUGUUGCGUUUACACAGUUGGCUCCAAUUCCACCUGCCUCGCCAUUCAUAUCCGCGUAUAUUGGGAGAUGCUAGUUGUAACGCGCGCGCGUCCGCAUUCCUCUUCGUUGCUCUGCUCAUGUUUUUGUCACUGACCUUUCUUCCCACUUCCAUGGCACACUGUCUAUGUUCAAUUCCUAUCGCCGCUCAUUUUGUUGCCCUGUUUGCAAGCAAUCUCACUACAUGCUCCCCCUACUCUUGUCACAUUGCUUUUUACUCUAUGAUGAGUGUAGACUGCAUGUCAACGCUCGUUAGAAUCGCAGAUUGCUAAUCUUCUUGCCUGCCUGUGAGAACCAAGCUUCGGAUGUCGGUCUCUGGGUUUGCAUCGUCAGUAAAGACUAACCUUAAUUGAGCGUUCUUCUUGUCUGUCCUCCCCUACACCAUCAGGAUGAUGGUAAAUGCCAGCGUCAACCACCUGAGGCACUGACAGCAUGUGUAUCACGUGACUUCUCCUCGAAGCGUCACCUGGAAAGUUUGUGCACAUCCCCAAACGGGAAACCGGUCGCAUCUUCUGUGAUUUGUUUGUCUUUCAUGUUACCUCGAAUCAUACGUAAAACCGAGCUAGUGUUGUUCUGGACGAUUGUAUGAGACCUGUCUGGCGUUAUUUCUGCUUUCAUACAAAUCGACUGCAUAUCUAGGAACUUGUGGAUCAGAUGUCUAAGUCACUCUGUCCCUUAUCUCCUCCAGGCUUUAGCAAAGGCACACUAUUCUUCGUUCUGGAUAGCCAUCAUCAGUUGCGAUUUAUUUAUCUUCCAGUUAUUCACAUCUGUGUGUCAC